UGUAACACCCGGACAAAUCACAACCGCUUCUUAUAAUUUAUAUGUGCGGCGUAUAUAAAUGCAAGUUCCAUGAAUAUGGAGUUGGAGUUGGAGAUGGAGAUGAAGAAGAAAACAUGCAUUGCUAUGGUUCCAUGCCCAGGACAUGGCCAUCUCAUACCACUUCUUGAGUUUGCAAAGCGUUUUCUUCUUCAUCACAGAGAUGGUUUCCAUGUCACCUUCUUUAUUCCCACUCUUGGUCCUCCUUCUCCUUCCACCAUCGCCAUCAUCAACACUCUCCCUUCAAACAUUGACUUCACUUUUCUCCCUCCGGUCAACAUUCAAGACCUUCAUCUUCAGACCGACCACCCCGUUCCCCAGAUGAUCCUCACCGUUCGCCACACUCUCCCCUCUCUCAAAGACGCAUUAGCUUCAUUAAGUUCUCGAACUAACCUUGUUGCUUUAGUUCUUGACGCGUUCUCCCUCGAAGCACUUUAUCUCGCUAAAGAGUUCAACAUCUCUUCCUACCUUGCAUUUGCCUCUGGCGCAGCAACACUCUCCUUCGUUCUUUCCUUUCCAAAGUUUGAUGAAAGCUUCUCCUCCGAAUUCGGAUCCGAACUCGAGUUUCUUGACUUGGAACGAACAAUGAAUGUUCCCGGUUGUGGCUAUGCUUCUUUUAAGGUGAAGGAUCUUCCAGAUCCGAUUCUGUUUCGUCGAUCAGGUGAAAUCUACACACUAUAUCUCAGUGUGUGCCAGAAAGCCUCUUUGGUUGAUGGAAUCAUAGUGAAUACCUUCAAUGAUUUGGAACCAGAGGCCAUGAGAGCUUUACAAAACGGUUCUUCUUCUCGUUCUGUUUAUGCGGUUGGACCCAUCGUUGCGCAACCUAAUCAAAAUCAAGAUGAGAAGAUUCAUGAAUGUAUUGCAUGGUUGAACCAUCAGCCAUUGAAAUCUGUGUUGUAUAUAUGUUUUGGGAGUGGAGGAACAAUCUCUCAAGAACAAGUGAAUGAGAUAGCAUUUGGAUUGGAAUUGAGUGGACACAAAUUCUUGUGGGUAGUGAGAGUCCCAAACAAGAUUCCGAAUUCCGGUUAUGUUAUUGGACAAAAGGAGGAUCCAAUUCAAUACUUGCCACCAGGUUUUGUGGAGAGAACGAAAGAACAAGGCCUAGUGGUUCCAUCAUGGGCACCACAAAUUGAGAUCCUUGCUCAUGGCUCCACUGGUGGGUUCUUGAGUCAUUGUGGUUGGAAUUCAACGCUUGAGAGCAUUGUUCAUGGUGUUCCCAUGAUUGCAUGGCCAUUGUUUGCUGAGCAGAGAAUGAAUGCAAUUCUGCUCACGGAUGUGCUCAGAGUUGCAGUGAGGCCAGAGGGUGAAGAGGAUGGGGUUGUGAACAGAGAAGAAAUUGCCAAAGUUGUGAAGAGAAUCAUGGACCACGAUAAUGAAGAAGGGUUGGAAAUGAGAAAGAGGAUUCAAGAGUUGAGUUAUGCUGCUGCUGCUGCACUCAGUGAAAAUGGCUCUUCUACCAAAGCACUCUCUAGUCUUGCACAUGAAUUGCUGAACAAGAACGUUUAACUCUUUAAGUGCCAAAGUUUCAUCCAUGUUGACAAAAAUAGUUGUUUCAUCAGAUGUGGUAACAAAUAAAGCUUAUUGAUAUAAUUUUUGUUCUUUGUCUAUUAUCAAUGUUGAGUCAAAUAGCUAAGUUAUUAGGAAUGAGUUUUUUUUGU